CCAACAACUGUGCCACCGACGCACCAUAUACAUAUAUCUCUAUACGUAUACAUCAAGCCAUACAAAACAUUCCAAGACAUUGACUGAAAAUAUGAUAUUAUGCAAUUUAAAGAAAAUCAUAUGGUACGCGAGUAAACGAUCAACCACGUUCCAAUAGCUCUCCACCUGAUAUCAGGUCGUAAUGAAACCGGUAGGUAACCAAACAAAACACUUGACAAUUAAUCUGAUGCUCACUAGUAACUGGCUGGCCCUACACAGGAAGUUACAUAGAGUUUUACGAGUUGACCACGGAUUGAUAUCAGUUAGAGAACCAUUGAAAACCAGCACUGGAGUACUGGACAGCUGUUUCACCAGCCUAGGUUGGGAAUCAUCGGUAGUACACAUCCGCCCCACUGCGAGGGUUCGAACCCAAGACCUUUCGGUUACAAGGAAAGCUGGCUCGUAUAACAUUCAGCCAUUGGGACCCGACUCCCCAAUGGCCAGUUCAUGAAUUCUAACUUCUACCAAU